UGCCUAUCCGGGAGCUGAGCUCCGGCCCCGAAGGUUUCUGCUUGUGGUGUGGAGUGGUGUCGGGCGGGAGCACCCAGGCCGGAACGUCGGGCUGGGGCACGGGGCUGCACGUUCACGAGCGCAGCGCCGACUGUGACCUGGUGACCAUGGCGGGGUCACAGCCCUUGGCCCUGCAGCUGGAACAGUUGUUGAAUCCGAAACCGCGUGAGGCGGAUCCUGAGGCCGACCCGGAGGAGGCCACUAGAGCCAGAGUGAUUGACAGGUUUGAUGAAGGGGAAGAGGAGGAAGGUGAUCUGGCAGUGAGUAGCAUUAGAAAACUGGCACCAUCCUCCCUCUUGGACACAGACAAAAGGUAUUCUGGCAAGACCACUUCUAGGAAAGCUUGGAAAGAAGACCAUUGGGAGCAGACUCUGCCAGGGUCCUCUGACAAAGAAAUAUCUGAUGAAGAAGAAUCUGGAGAUGGGGAUUCAGAGGGCCUGGGCCUGGAAGAAUCUGAGGAGGAAGAGGAAGAGGAGGAGGAGGAGCUAAGUGCUACUGAGGAAGAGGAUGCUGACAAUGAUUUGAAGAUCAGUCUGGCUCAGAAGAAGGGCAGAGGGCGUUCUGCAGAAAUGCCAGGCUUCAGUUUCCAGGGCAUUAGUGAUUUUGAGAAAUUUACAGAAGGAAUGGAUGACCUUGGGAGCAGUGAGGUGGAGGAAGAGGAAGAGAGUGGCAUGGAAGAAGGAGAUGUUGAGGAAAACUUAGAAGGUGAGAGUGAAGAAGACAGGGAAGGAGACAGGAACAGUGAAGAUGACGGUGUGGUGAUGACCUUCUCCAGUGUCAAAGUUUCUGAGGAAGUUGAGAAAGGAAGAGCUGUGAAGAAUCAGAUAGCGUUGUGGGACCAGCUCUUGGAAGGAAGGAUCAAACUACAGAAAGCUCUGUUGACUACCAAUCAGUUGCCUCAACCAAAUGUCUUUCCGGUCUUCAAGGACAAAGGUGGCCCAGAAUUUGCCAUUGCUCUAAAAAAUAGUCACAAAGCACUUAAAGCAUUAUUAAGGUCAUUGGUGGAUCUUCAGGAAGAAUUACUUUUCCAGUACCCAGAUACUAGAUAUCUAGUAAAUGGGAUGAAACCCCAGACGGAGAGUGAGGAAAUUUCUAGUGAAGAUGAUGAGUUAGUGGAAGAGAAGAAGAAGAAGCAAAGAAAGGGCCCACCAAAGAGGAAACUAGAAAUGGAGAACUAUCCCAGCUUCAUGGCAAAGCGCUUUGCUGACUUUACAGUCUACAGGAACCGUACACUGCAGAAGUGGCAUGAUAAAACCAAGCUUGCUUCUGGAAAACUGGGCAAGGGUUUUGGUGCCUUUGAACGUUCGAUAUUGACUCAGAUUGAUCACAUUCUGAUGGACAAAGAAAGAUUGCUUCGAAGGACACAAACCAAGCGCUCUGUCUACCAAGUUCUUGGCAAACCUGAACCAGCCCCUGCGCCUGUAACAGAGAGUUUGCCAGGAGAACCGGAGAUCCUUCCUCAAGUCCCUGCCAAUGCUCACCUGAAGGACUUAGAUGAAGAAAUAUUUGAUGAUGAUGACUUUUACCACCAGCUCCUUCGAGAACUCAUAGAGCGGAAGACCAGCUCCUUGGAUCCAAAUGAUCAGGUGGCCAUGGGAAGGCAGUGGCUUGCAGUCCAGAAACUACGAAGCAAGAUCCGAAAGAAAGUAGAUAGAAAAGCCAGCAAAGGAAGGAAACUUCGGUUUCAUGUCCUUAGCAAGCUCCUGAGUUUCAUGGCACCUAUUGACCACACUUCAAUGAAUGAUGAUGCCAGGACCGAGUUGUAUCGAUCUCUUUUCGGCCAGCUCAACCCUCCUGACAUGGACCAUGGGGACUGAACUCGCUGUCCUCUCACCCCAGACCCCGACCCCCACACCAGGACCCACCUGGCUGCUUCAAGGAUAGAUGACUUCGGGGUGCAGCACUGGGGAUCCCUGGAACCGUGCUCUUUUGGGAGCAUGUACCUUACAUCCAGGAAAGCUCAGCCUCUGAGUCUUUUAACAUUCAGAUAUUAUCAGGGCUAGAGCCAUGGCUCAGGGGUUAAGAGCACUUACUGCUCUUGGAGAGGACCCAAGUUCAGUUCCUAGCACCUACAUCCAGUGUCUCAGAACAGCCUCUAACUCCAGUUCCAGGGGAUGGGGAUUCAGUGCCAUCGUGUGGCCUCUGUAAUCACCAGCAUUCAGGUGUGUACUCAUUCCCACACAGACAAAAUUAAAACUUAAAUAAAUCUUUUUAAAGAAA